AAAGACUCCCUUUCUAAGGGGGGCUACUCUUCAUACACAAAUGGAUUCAAAGGUGUACGCAUAUGAAACUUUCUUGAACGAAACCCUCAGAGAAGAUUUGAAAAAAAUCAUUGAGAACAGAGAUAAAGUAUAUAAAGAAAUUUCAGAGUAUCUUCAACUGAAAGCAGUGAUUGAGAAACUGAAGGAUGAAGACUGUUUAGGAAAAGAACUCAAGACAAAAGUUGACCUGGGAUGUAACUUCUAUGUUCAGGCCAAUGUGCCAGACCCCUCAGUGAUAUUUGUGAAAGUAGGAUUUGGAUUUUUUGUAGAAUUCACUUUGGAGGAAGCAUUAAAGUUCAUAGACAAGAAAACGGCAUGCUUAAUGGACCAAGCAGAUGAAAUGACAAAAUCAGCAGCUAAAAUCAAAGCACACAUAAAGCUGGUGCUGGAGGGUUUGAGGGAGAUCCAGCACAUCAGCGCCGAGACAGACAAGCCACAAAGGGAUAUCUUUUUAUAGGCUGCAAAUUUAGUAGCUAAGAUUGUGAGCAUGAGAAGAUAGCGGAAAAUGGGAGAGUGGGUGACUGUGUGUGUGUGUGCAUGCGUACGCUACUAUUCUCAUGUAUAGUUAUAUGUAAAUAAAAUGAUCUUCAAAAUUG